CGAUUUCUCUCUCCCUCUCUCUCUCUCUCUUUAACGAAACCGACUCCCUUCAUAUCCCUCUCUCGCUUCGCUCUUCCCUUCAAAGGGCCUUCCACAUAACACUCGAAGCCAAUCCCAAAACGCCUCACAAGAACCAAACCAAAUUUCUCCCCACAUUUCACUCUCACACUCUCUCCUUAUCUUCCUCCCAAACCCUAGAGUUUUACAGGAUUCAUCAUGAAGGGCGGUAAAUCCAAGGCGGCGCCUAAAAAGACCGAUACCAAGUUGAAGAGCAAAAGUGCUGGAGCUAGUAAGAAAUCGGCGAAGGCUGCGAAGGAUCCUAACAAGCCGAAGAGGCCUGCUAGUGCUUUCUUCGUCUUCAUGGAGGAGUUCAGGAAGCAGUACAAGAAAGAGCAUCCUAAUAACAAAUCCGUUGCCGCUGUUGGAAAGGCUGGCGGUGAUAAAUGGAAGUCAAUGUCCGAUGCUGAGAAAGCACCUUAUAUAAACAAGGCUGAGAAAAGGAAGACAGAGUACAAUAAAAGCAUGCAAGCUUAUAAUAAGAGAAUUGCGGAGGGAGGAAAUGGAGCUGAAGAAGAAGAAUCAGACAAAUCCAAAUCAGAAGUCAAUGACGAUGAUGAAGAUGAUGAUGAGAGUGGAGAGGAAGAUGAUGAUGAGUAAAUGUUAGGGACGAGGAAUGAUAUGGUGGAAGAACAAGCAUUUAACUCCAUAGUUUGGAGCAAAAAGACUCGGCAAUUUAGAUUUUUCUUAUGUUCUCGGAUAAAUAGCUACUUCUUUUCCCUUUUUUUGGGUAAUUAGGAUAGAUGGGAGAAAAGAAAUCAAAACAAACAAGGUUCGGGUUGAAUGUUAGAUUUCUUAAGUUGACAUGGAUCUGUAUUCAAGGAAAAUCUGUUAGUAAUUGCACAAUGAUUCAGUUUUAGUUGAUUAUUCUACUGAUGUUCAUGAA